UGUGGAAAGAGCUUUAGUCAGAGUAGCAGCCUUUAUGCACAUCAAAGGAUCCACACAGGAGAAAAAGCACAUAAAUGCUUUGAGUGUGGAAAGAGCUUCAGUCGGAGUGGAAGCCUUUAUAGACAUCAAAGGAUCCACACAGGAGAAAAACCUUAUGAAUGCCUGGAGUGUGGAAAGAGCUUUACUAAUGGUGGACAUCUUCGUAGACAUCAAAUGAUUCACACAGGAGAAAAACCAUUUAAAUGCCCAGAGUGCAGAAAGGGCUUCAGUCGGAGGAGCAGCCUUUAUAGACAUCAAAGAAUCCAUUUGGGAGAAAAACCGUAUGAAUGCCUGGAAUGCGGAAAGAGCUUUAUUAAUGGUGGAAACCUCC